AUGUUGAGGCUAGAGGAGGUUGUUGGAACAUCAUCCCCAGCCAAGCAAGGUGGAGGAGUGACAUCCCCAGUGGAGGUGGGUGGGAAGUUGGUGAAUGGUGGAAGUCGCUGUGCUGGGAGAGUGGAGGUUCUUCAUGGUGGUCAGUGGGGAACAGUGUGUGAUGAUGACUGGGAUAAGGUCGAUGCUGCAGUGGUGUGUAGAGAGCUGCGCUGUGGGGAGGCUGUAAAUGCUGUGGGUUCUGCUCACUUUGGACCAGGAUCAGGAUCAAUCUGGAUGGAUGAUGUGGCCUGUAGAGGAUCAGAGUCAACGCUGAAGGACUGUAGAUCACGAGGGUGGGGGAAAAGUGACUGUGGUCAUGAUGAAGAUGCUGGAGUCACCUGCUCAGAGUUUAAAGAGAUCCGACUCUCAGAGGGCUGUGAGGGGAAUCUGGAAGUGUUCUACAAUGGAACCUGGGGUAAUGUGUGUUACAAUCAGAUGGAUGAUGAGACGGUAAACAUGGUGUGUCGAGAGCUGAACUGUGGAAGACGAGGCAGUCUGUCAAACACUGAAGCACGAGUAAAAUCUGCUCCUAAUUGGCUGGAUCAUCUGCAAUGUAGGAAACACGACUCUAAUCUGUGGCAGUGUCCAUCUUCACCCUGGGGACAGAACAGAUGUGAUAAUCAUGAUGAAGUGGCUCGUAUUACCUGCACAGAAGAUGAAACGUCUCUACAGAUACAAGAAAAGUGCUCUUCAAUCCCCCCUCAGAAACACUGCUCAAAGCACUGGUCUCUCAGGCUGAGUGGAGGAAAGGGAAGCUGCUCUGGGAGGUUGGAGGUGUAUCAUAACUCUACGUGGGGCUCCGUUUGUGAUGAUCGGUGGAACAUCAGGAACGCUCAGGUGGUGUGCAGACAGCUGGGCUGUGGGUCGGCGCUGAGUGCUGAUAGGAAUGUUUGGUUGGGUUCUGGUGAAGGGACUAUCUGGAUGAACAGAGUGAAGUGUCGAGGGGAUGAGAUUCACCUGUGGGACUGUCAUCAUUCCCUGAAGAACCACACUGACUGCUCUCAUGCUGGAGUCACCUGUGCAGACAUAUCCACCAUGUCCACUGCUACACCCACCACCACCACCACCACCCCCCCCACCACCCCCACCCCCCCC